UUUUAGUCUGACAAGAGUUUUAACGGGAUCCUUUGUGGCCGGAAGUCCUACUAUGGCAAGCAUGGUUGGUUACUUGCACGCUAGUUUCAGAGUAACUCAAUGAGCUUCCCUCGAACAUUUUCUAUACGAUGGAUUUGAGUGUGCAUGGAGUUAGUCCUGCGACGAGAGAAUUUGGGUGUGAGCAGAAUCUUCUUUCAAGACCUGACGGCUCAGCAUCAUUCAUUCAAGGGAAUACCAGUGUGUUGGCUGGAGUUUACGGACCAGCAGAGGUUAAAGUUAGCAAGGAGAUCUAUGACCGUGCAACGCUGGAAGUCGUGAUGCAGCCAAAAAUAGGCUUACCUGGCGUCCGAGAACGAGCUAGAGAGCAGUGUGUGCGGGAGACGUGCGAGGCAGCUCUUCUCUCCACCCUUCACCCUCGCUCCUCGCUCACCCUCAUCCUGCAGGAGGUUCACGACGACGGCUCUCUUCUGGCUUGUUGCCUGAAUGCAGCCUGCAUGGCCCUAAUGGAUGCAGGUCUUCCUAUGAGCUGCCUGUUUUGUGGUAUAACCUGCGUCAUCGACACAGAUGGGCAGAUUAUUACUGAUCCUACAUUACAGCAGGAAAAGGAGAGCCGAGCUCUGAUGACAUUUGCGAUUGAUAGCACUGACAAGAGAGUGCUGAUGUCCUCAACUAAAGGAUCUAUCUCAAUUCAAGAGCUUCAAGAAGCAAUAGCUUUGAGUCAGAAAGCUUCACACCGAAUAUUUGAGUUCUAUAGAGGUUCAGUGAGUCGGCGCUAUUCCAAGACACUUAAAUAAUCACAUCUGAUUAAACCUCACUUCUUUGUUUUCAUUUUUGUCAUUUGUUUUGUACAUUUGUAACUUUACUGAUAUAAACUUCCAAAGUGUAUGUAUUUGUAUUUUAUCACUAUGGAAUUAUUGAGUUUUGGAACGUGACUCAAUUGGGACUUCAAAUAAAUUGUCUAUUCAAAGGAA